UUUUGUGACUGUUAACUUAAUGGAAAGCGCAUAGAGUCAACAUUUUUUAUUUCGGUGGCUUUACGUUUACUUUCAAAAUAAAGAAAAAAAGAUUUUUAUGAAAAAAUCUUCACGUUGCUGUUUAGACUAAAAAUAAAGAAAGAAAGAAAAAAUUCCUCCGCAAAAACGAUACAAAAUCUUUAGUUUUCCGUGCAGCGUUCGUGUCGUGAAAACGCUGACAAGAAUAUCACAAGAGAAGAGAAGUUUUUUUUCUCACUUCUGGAUUUUCCAUAAGCAAGCAUAGAAAUCUCAGUGGGAAAAUUUAUAAUUUUCAAAUAAUUAAUGAAUCAGAUGUUCCGCCAUUAAGUUGAUUUCAAAUCAUUCAUGUGUUCAUAAAUAUUAGUAGAAAUAUAAACAAAUAUUUAAUUAAACAAAAAUCAAACUAGUGAAAAAAAAUUGAGAUAAAUUCGUAAUCGAAGUUAGAGAAAAGAAGAAGAAUGGCGGAUAAAAAUAAAUCUGGUGAUUUCUACAACCGUCCGGAAAAGCUUGGAGCUUGGGCUGGAUUAAAACAAUUCAUAUGGAAUUCGGAUACAAGCCAAUUUAUGGGAAGAACAAAAGACAGUUGGGGAAAGAUUCUUUUCUUCUAUUUGAUAUUCUACUCUGUUCUGGCAUUAUUUUUCUGGGUGAUGUGGUUAUUUUUCGCGUCUACAAUAGUUGAUGGACAUCCAAAAUAUCAGCUUAAAGAUAGUCUAAUUGGCGAUAAUCCUGGAUUGGGUUUUCGUCCAAUGCCACCAUCAGAUUCGAAUGUUGAAAGUACACUCAUUUGGUACCGAAAAAAUAACGCAACAAGCUCAAAAUAUUGGGUGUCACAAAUAAAAGAUUUUCUUGAAGACUUUGUAGAAGACAAGAGCAAAAAAGACAAACUUAAUCGAGUAAGUUGCGAUAUUGUUGGACCGAGACCGGUUGUGGACAUAUGUAAAGUCAAUUUAGAAAAAUAUGGCAAAUGUUCAUAUGAUCCAAGUACAAACAAGAAUCCGAACUUUGGUUUCGAUGAAGGUAAACCUUGUGUAUUCCUUAAGCUCAACAAAAUCUUCAACUGGAUUCCUGAAUAUUACAAUAAUGCAUCUGACCUUCCCGAAAACAUGCCUCCACAGUUAAAAAAACAUAUUAUUGGUCAAAAGAAAAUGAAAGAUGUUGUUUGGGUGUCUUGUGAAGGCGAAAAUCCAGCGGAUAAAGAACAUAUUCGUGAAUUGAAAUAUUACACUUUUGAUGAUAACGCCCAACAAGGUUUUAACGGAUUUUUUUACCCGUUUAAUACUAACCAAUACAAUCAACCGCUUGUUGCUGUUAGAUUCGAAGACAUAACAUUCGGUGUUUUAAUAAAUGUCGAAUGUAAGGCUUGGGCUAAAAACAUCAAACAUGACCGUCAGGAACGACGGGGUUCUGUUCACUUCGAGCUGCUGAUAGAUGAAAAUUAAUUCUAAAUAUUUUACCGUUAAUUAAAUAAUGGAAAAGUGUGAACGGACGGGAUAUAUAAGUGUAACAAAACUCUUAUUAAGGUGUUCGUAAAGUCAUUAGAGAGAAAGAAAUAAGUAAAUGGUAAUGUUUAGUUUAACUAUCUUCCCAAGUUGUUUCUGAAUUUUGUUUUUUUUUCUUGGUUGAUGUUUUUUUAUUUGUAUUAUAUUUGAAGAUUGAUUUAAAUAUCUGGGAAAUAAAACUCGAUAGAUAACUGUUGUUAAAUUUAAAGAAGUCUAAAUGAAAGCUGAAUGUUCCACCACAUGCUUAUUUAGUUACAAAAACUUUCUUGAUGAAUUAUUAGUGAAUAAAAUUACAAUCUUUAUGCUCUGUGACCAUUUCUCUAAGUACAAAAAAUCAAAAUAUAAAAUAUAUUAAAAACAAUGUAACUGAUGGGUUCAUAAAAUUUUACAUUAAACCAUAUUUACUUCAUAAAUAUUUUUAAAAACAAAUGAGAUGUGAGCUGGUGUCAUUUGUUUUUUUCAUAUUAAAUUACUAAUGAGUCUAAUAAAAAAAAAAAGAAGUUGGCAGUUUAAUGUCGUAAUUGAUGCAACAAAUUCUCAACUAGGUGGCUAUAGAGUGUUUGGUUGAGAUUUAGCCUAUAGAUGCCAUAAACAGCAUAAUUGAAAAUUAUAAAAAAUGAAAACUACAAAAACAAGUAGAAAAGUUUCUAAAACAAUAUUUAAAAAAAAUAAGCAUAUGAGAGAAACACCAUAAAUAUAAUAGAUAUUUAAAUGAAUAAAACAUUGGAAGAUUCGAACAUACGUGUAGGUACUAAGAAUUUUGUCUAGAAUUUAAUGAGAAACUUUUAGAGCGCAUACUUUUCCUGAUGAGAAAGAUGAGUAGUUGGAAAUGGACAUAAGCAAGAGUAAAAAUUCUAACUUUUGAUUUUCUCGAUUUAAAGCAAAGCGAAAAAAAAGAAAUAAAUAAUUAUGUGCCUACCAGCAAGCUUUCUCCCUCUCUUUCUGUCUACGUUCAUGUCUAACAAUAAUAUAAAAGUUUUCGAUAUAAAGGUGAAGCUCAUAGUGAAAAUAAAAUCUUAUUCGUAUCAAAAGUUUGAAAUCACUCAUAAAAUUUUGUUGUCAAAUAAAGAAAGAAAAAAAAUCUUAUAAAAACUUUCAUGUAUCUAAUAAAUAUGAAGAAAUAGUAGCAAAUGAAACGUUUAUUAUAGUAGCAUUUAUUUUCUUUUUAAUGAAUUAGUAAUUCAUUUUAAAUUUUGAAGAACCACUUAGCAUAGUCUAACUAAAUAAAUCUUAUCUUUACUAACGUUUGCAUGUUGAUUCAUGAUAUCGAAAAUAAAAUUAAACAAAAAUCUUAAAAAAACUUUAAUUAAAUAUGAAGCUCAACUAUUUUAUACAUUGUAAUAAUGUCAUCUGUGAGAAUCUUCUAAUUAUAGAGAUUAAUCACUUUAAAGUUCAUUACCAUCGGAAGAACUGAGAAGUUCAUUAAUAUCUUAAAAUUGUAAUUGAAAUUUCCAUAUUAUUGACCGAAGUUAAAUAAAGGUUCAGCUUUACAAUGAAAAAUAAAUUUAUGAAAAUUUAUAAUAUUUAUUGAUAUUU